AUGUCGCGUCGCUACUUGACCCCGGCGUCUGCAUCGCAGCGCACAGCGACGUCCUCGGGGGAUUCAUCAUGGGAGAGCUUCCAGAAGCUCUUCGCCUCAGCAGCAGACCCGCAGACACAAAGUAACCAUGCACGGCACUUGGCUCUCACGAAAAACAUCCUCUACGAGAACGAGCUCGGGUGGAAGGUGGCGGAGUUGCCGCUUGUGAGUGAAAUGCUCAAGUUGCUGGCCAACAAAGUGCUGGACGGAGUUCCACAGUUCGCCGAGCAACUUGUGCUGGCGGUCAUGAGAUGCUGCAAGCCUUUCAUUCGGCAAAAGUCGAACGAGGAGAUCACGAACCCCAGUUUACUCCACGAGAUCCUCCCUACACUCGGAGAGCUCCUGUCCUUUCACGACAUCGAGGUCCAAGUUGCGGCUGCUGAGGCGUUGCGGGUGUUUGCAACUGGAGCAUGUUUGCCGCGAGUUGCGCCGAAAACAAGGAACAAUAAUGCCGAAGGGAAAUCGGAUGACUUGCGAGUGACGCCUCGGAUCUUUAGCCAGAACCUCAUGGAGGAGACAGGGACAGUGGACGCGAUCGUGGCGGUCAUGCAUGAUCUGUUUCCUGACGAUGAAGAGCAAGAGAUGCAGCCAACAGAGAAUGAGCCGGACGCGGCAGAAGAACUUGAAAAUACAGAGGAGCAAGCUGCGACGCCAAAUCAAGAAGAGGAGGGGGAACUGGCAACGAAUGAGGCUGUACAAGUCGAAGGCACGGGUGUUGAAGUAACUCCACAAGAUAUUGACGUUCCGCAUCACGCGAAAAAGCCUGCAUCAGCUCCUCCGUACGGCCACAAACGUGAUGGAGAUGCCAGUCUUGAGCCGAACGAAGGUGUGAACGAGGAGAUCUCCAACGGUCAAGUAUCAGCUCGAUCUUCCAAGCCAGCCUCAGCCCCAAGCGCAGUUCACCGAGGGUCCAAUAGCAUGGGGAACGCUAGCAUGGAUUCCUCCACGGAGCUCUCUCAUGCCAAGGCCUCAGGACUCUCUCCGGGGCGUACGCAGCAGGAUAAAUCGUCCGGAACAGCUUCAGCUAUCACGGCCAGCAACCAGUAUUACGCUACGAACAGCGACGAAGACUUCGAGUUCAAGCAGAUGCUGUGGUUCUUGCUUGCGGAGAUCUCCUGCGACCAUCAAGCGGAUCUCAGCGAGCUGGUGCAGUUCAGAUUCAUGGAGGUGUGGCUCUCGUACGCGACUGCCAAUAACGGCGGUGUCAACCCGCAGCAAGAUCAGAAUGCGCCAUCACGCGCGUCGGCUCACAAGUAUUCCACUCCGCAACUGCAACUACUGCAAUGGACGGCGCUCAGUGUGCUCAACCACGUGGCGCCUUUCGUGGUCGAUCACUUCUACGAGAUCAAUGGCCACGUCAAGCUGCUGGAGUUUCUCCAGCUCAACAUCGGAAGUGAGGACGUACUAGCCUCCGCCUGGCUUUUGAUGCUCCAGAUUGCCCCACUACAACCGUUCUUCCAAGCUGAAUUGGGUAACCUCGGUGCUAUCGAGACUGCGAUGGACGUAUUCGAGGCUCCCCCAUCGCGUCACACGUUUGCAAUUCGUCGGAAUGCCAUCUUGUCGUGCGCCAGUAUGUGCCGCAACGAUGACGGAUCGAAUCGCAAGCGCUUCCGUCUUGCCAAUGGCGUCCAUGCACUCGUCCAGCACCUCGAAUUCGAUCCGUCUCACUCGGUCCUGGAGGAAAACAUCCUCGUCGGUAUCAUCGACGCUGUCCGUUCGUGUGUCAUUGGAGACCUGGAAAGUGAGACGGCCUUUAUCAACGAAGAUGGCGUACCGAAACUGCUUUCGAUCCUGGGCUCAGCACCUAAAGCGUUGAAGCACCAGACGCUUGCAGCACUAGCUGAAAUAUGCGUGAAUCCUGCAGCGAUCCCGUCCUACCAAAUGUGGCGCUGUGAUCAGCCUGGAGAGAACAACAAUGCCAGCGCGAACGAAGUGCUGCUCCGCAUCUACGCGGACGAAGAGGCUGCUGAGAAGCGCGCUAACCAGGAGGUUGACGAUAACAAGGCCAAUUCAUCUGCACAGUCGACUAACGGCCUGGUGGCAUCGACCAAUGUGCGGCACAGCGCCUUCCAGUCUGUCACGACCUGCACGAGCCCCUUCAUCGUCACGCCAGAGGCAUCACCGUCGCCUCCUACCAGACCUGAAUCACCAGCGUUCGCACGACUGAAAGACGCUCUGAAGGCUGGACAGGGACUGGCGUCGGAGAAGCAGGCGACGCGUUCCAUCCUGCAGUUGGAGAACCAUCAGCUCCAUCCAGAAGUGAACCUCAAGGCCAAAAUCUACUCCGUCCUUGCCAAUGUGUCGUUCGCCUGCGAGACUGAAAGCCUCACGCCGCAAGACCAGGUCAUGCUGGAGAUUGCCAAGGAGUACCCGACCUUCAAGCUCGGCGAGAUGUGGCAAAACGUCGAGCGCGCGCUGCAUGCUGAAGGUGUGCGCCCGAUCUACGCGGACGCGCUCUACAUCCGCCAGAACAUCGAGCACGCCUACAACAUCUCCGUGUGUACCAAGCUCGCCCAGCAAGAAGUGUUCACGCGCUCGCGGCAGCAAAACACCGAGCAGGAAGACGCCUUCUUCGAGCAGAUUCUGCGCCAGAAACACCAGGAAGCGCAAGCGGAAGAGUUCCACCGCGCCAACCGCCGUCAGAACUCCACGAUGCAACUUCACCUCGACGCCAAGAAGACGCGCCUAGAGUUCAUGCGCCGACAAGAUCCAGCCGCGUUCGCCGCCUACGAAAGUGAAGAGCGCUGUCUCAUCCGCGAGCCUCCUCCUGAAUACGUCGACGAACAGGAAGCGUACCGAGCGCUGCAGCAGAACGAGGCAGAGCUGCGCGGACGACUCAGCACCAUCACGCGACCUCGAAAGCACACAAUUUAG